UACGAUUUAUCACAGUUCGUAUUGACUAAAUGUUCCGAAGGCGUUUCUUGCACACGCUUAAAAUCAAGUAAUACAAAUAUUUAAAAAAAUGCCGUGGACAAGCACUAACAGAAUUUAUGCAAAACCUUCCAACUCAAGCGCGGGUGAAGGUGGUCCUCUCGUUGCAUCGAGAGGAACCUCUGCCACGGCCGCAACUACAGCGGCGGCAGACUCAGGUGGUCGCUUUGAGCUCAGUGACCACGGUUAUGGAAAGGGCUCCGUAAAAUUGCUGCACGUGCACAGAGAUGGAGAACGUCAUGCAAUCAGAGAAUUCGAAGUUUCAACAGAACUGAAGCUAGCAUCGGAAUCAGCAUACAUAGUUGGUGAUAACAAAGAAGUGGUUGCGACGGACUCCCAGAAGAACACAGUCUAUGUGUUAGCGAAAAAACAUGGGAUUAAAACUCCAGAGGAGUUUGGUGCAGUUGUAGUGAAUCAUUUCCUUUACACAUAUAAGCAAGUAGCGGAAGCUAGGUGUCACGUGAUCGAAUACCCAUGGGAGAGGCUGCAAGCCGGCGCCCCACACAACCAUGCUUUUGUCUUCUCUCCGACCGCCACCAGGUGGUGUGAAGUUUCUCAAGCCAGGCAUGAGGCCGUUGUAGUAAAAUCCGGCUUAAAAGGCUUAAGAGUGCUGAAGACUACUCAGUCGGCGUUCGUAGAUUUUGUUCAAGAUGAAUACACCACGCUAUCUGAUGCUGCGGAGAGGAUUUUCAGUACUGUCGUAGAAGCUGAAUGGACGUAUGAUAAUAUGAGAAAAGCGGAUUUUGACAACGCCUGGCUGACUGUCAAGGACGCGAUUCUCGACAAAUUCGCUGGACCUCCUGAUACAGGAGUUUAUUCACCUUCAGUACAACACACAUUAUAUCAAGCCGAAAAAACUGUUUUAGAAAAAGUGUCCGAGAUAUCUUGGAUCCGUAUGACCAUGCCGAAUAAACAUUAUCUCAACAUUGAUGUAUCGAAAUUCCCUGCAAAUGUCACUAAAGGGGAUCCGCGGCACUACAUAUACCAGCCCAUAGAUAAACCAGCUGGACUAAUCUACGCGCAGCUACGCCGUAGACCUAAAAGCCGCUUGUGACGUAGACUUUAAUUAAGAAAUAUCUCUGAGUUUAAGACUCCGUCAAGGGCUUCCUAUUUAAAUGCUAUUUUGUUAUUAACAUCCGCAAAAACAUAGAUUUAUUGGUUUAGUCAAACUAAGUUUAUAUAAAAAUGAUGUUUAAAGUCAGAUGUGGUGUUUCAAAAGAUUAAGAUGUAAUUUCAUAAUAAUGUACUUGUAGGCCUUUAAGAGUAAAGGAAUUUUGUAUUACUUAUAACAAUACAUGACUAAUGACCAUUCUUUAAUACUGUUUGUUUAAAAGAACUGAAUAUAAAUACCUAUCUAGUCAAGGUUCAUAAACAAUGAAGAAUAAAGAAUAUUCAAUAAAUUGGCUUUUAAAGUA